AUGUCAGUUGCUUUAAGAAAUCCUUUAGCUUCUUUAGAACAGCUUGAGACAACUGUGUCAAGACGCGAUGGGAUCGAUGAAGAAUUGGAACAAGAUUUAAGGAAUCUAGGAGCUGAACUGAUUCAAAGUGCAGGGAUCUUGCUUAAACUGCCUCAAGUUGCAAUGGCUACAGCACAAGUCUUGUUUCAACGUUUUUAUUAUAUGGCCAGUUUAAAAGAAUUCGGUAUUAUGGAAAUUGGUAUGGGAGCAUUGUUUCUUGCGUCCAAGUUGGAAGAAUGCUUUGUUCGAAUGACACAUUUGAUUACUGUCUAUGACUUGUUGAUGAGAAGAAUCAAACAUCAAUCCAUCAAAAUACCUUUAGAUCCAUUUUCUCAGAAAGCCUACAACUUGAAAGACAUGGCCAUUGCUGCAGAAAUGCAAAUUUUGAGAAAACUCGGAUUCAUUGUCCAUGUUCAAUUGCCUUAUAACCUUAUGAUCAAUUAUCUUCGUAUUUUGGACUUGGAAGAACACGACAGGAUUACAAGAAAAGCGUGGAAUUAUUUGAAUGAUGGUCUAAGAACCACUAUUUAUGUCACUCAUGAACCCCCCACCAUCGCAUGUGCUGCUAUUUGGCUUGCCUGCUUAGAAGAAGGUGUCAAAUUACCGACAACGCUAGGAAAAGAAUGGUGGCUGUUAUUUGAUGUGGAUGCAGUUAAUUUCAAGAAUGCAGCAGCCCAUAUUAAGCGACUUUAUUUCAAGAAAUUGGAUAGGGCUAAUUUACCAUUGUAUAAAUUAUCCCAACAAGAAGAAUAA